GCAGGAGCAGCAGCAGCAGCCAAACAAUCGGACCUGGUCACAUGACCCAGUAGGCGGUGCUGGGGAUUCACCGGCCAGUAGCGUUUAGCGUCAACCCUGGAUCCUCGGAAAAUGAAAAGGGAAGGCGAAUAACGGUACCCUACGGUACAAAUAGAGAUGAUCCCCGAAUACAGCAACGCAUCUCCGUCGCGUAGAUAAAUAAAUGCUCCCCAUUUACAAGCACGGCACGGUGCGUUCGGUUCGCGAAAAAUAAGCGGUCCACCAUUGUCUGCGUUAGAAAUUAGAAUGGCCUGGAUGUGCAAGCGGCGGGCGGUGAUCGCCCUCAGCCUGGCCGUGGCCGUGUCCCUGCUGGUGGUGGUGGUCAACUACUCGGAGAAGCCGUACGUCCUCCUGCAGCCCGUGUUGGGCCAGGCCUUCGGCGGCCGCUGGAUGUUCUCCCGCCCGCCACAACCCUCCUUCACACCCCACACCGGCUACCUGAGUGUGCCCCAGCAGGAGCCGCUGAAGCUGCAGUGCGAGCUGUGCAGCAUCGUGUCCAGCUCGGGCCAGAUCCUGGGCCAGGGGGCGGGGCCCAGCAUCGACCGCUCGGGCUGCGUGUGGCGCAUGAACAACGCGCCGGUGCGCGGCUUCGAGGGCGACGUGGGCCGCCGCACCACCCUGAGGGUGGUGUCCCACACCAGCGUGCCCCUGCUCCUCAAGAGGCCCCAGCACUUCUUCGGGGCCUCGUCGGCGGGGGCGUCGUCGGGGGCCAACGACACGGUGUACGUGGUGUGGGGGCCCCUGCGCAACAUGCGGCGGGACGGGAGGGGCGUGGUGUACAACAUGCUGCGGCAGGCGGCCGAGCGCUACCCCCAGGCCCGCAUCUACGUCACCACGGAGGAGCGCAUGAACCACUGCGACACCGUGUUCAAGAAGGAGACCGGCAAGGACAGGAUCCAGUCUGGCUCCUACCUGAGCACGGGCUGGUUCACUCUCAUCCUGGCCAUGGACAUGUGCAAAGAGAUCCACGUCUACGGCAUGAUUAACGACACCUACUGCAGGAGUGAGGGCUACAGGAAGGUGCCUUACCACUACUACGAGGCGGGCAGCCGUGACGAGUGCGGCGAGUACGUCCUCCACGAGAGCGCUCCGUACGGCGGCCAUCGCUUCAUCACCGAGAAGACCGUGUUCGCCAAGUGGGCCAAGACGCACCCCAUCAAGUUCUUCAACCCACCCUGGCAGCUGUCGUGACCCCCCCCCCCCCCCACAGCUCCUCACCCACUCCAACAUGACUGAGACACUGGCCUGGUAUCCUACCCCCCCCCCCCCCCCCCAACCACAGUUACACACAUUCCACACUCGGCACAACACAACGAUCCAGCAUCUCCAUUCACUGACCUUUUAAAGGAGGUUUUCCGUUGGUUUGGGAAAAACAGGGAAUGUGUGCUCCGUGGGGCUUUGAGGAGACGGACGGGGCUGGAGUGGGCUUCAGCGGGAACGCCGCCGGGGGAAGGAUUAGGAUGUAUUUAAUAAACUGGGAACAGCGGCUCGGAAUCCUACGCCGCUCCGGGAGCGUCGCGAAACGGCAAAGGAGCGAACACGACAAACACAGCGACGGGAAAACCACGGACAACACAACGUCAAACAAACUGCAAAACUAUCAAAAAUAUCCCGCUUCUACGGGGAAGAAAGGAACGUUUGAUCACCAGCUGGGUUAGAACCUUCACGUCUCCGCGCUGCUUCCCGACGCCCCGGCGCCCCGGUCUCCCCCUGAUGGUCGCUCCGCCCUCGCAGCGUCAUUAAUGUAUAAUUCCCAUCGUUCCGAAACGGGAGAGCGGCGGCGGCCGGAGCGCUGUCACAUUCGAUUCGCUCGCCUCCCCUCCAGCCGAGAUCUUCCCACAAAUAAGGUCAUUUGAAAAGCAAAGGAAGCAAGCAACGGAAUUAAUGUUUAUAUAAUGAGGACUUUCAAAAGUCCUCAUUUAAAUGUUUUCUUUUUUUUGUUGCCGGUCGGACGCAGGAAUCUGCUCCCAGUUUACCAGAUGUGUUGUUAUUCCUGACUUGUCCCCGGGACUGACCCCGGAUCGUGGGUGGUUGGGAAAAUGUGUUGUGUUGUGAUCGGGGCAGCCGGGAUUAACGAGGGCUUGGAACGACACAGGUUCCAGAAGGUAUUGAUCCGUGGAACAUCUGUGGUGAUCAGAUGAUCAGAUGUCGAAUAAGUGUUGGCUAAUAACAUAUAUAUAUAUAUAUAUAUAUAUAUAUAUAUAUAUGUAUAACCCAACCCAACAGUUUAUACAUAUAUAUAUGUACAUGUAAUAUAUAUGUUAUUUUAUGUAACAGUUAUUCGACAUUUGCUUGCCGAUUUAACAUAUUCUAAAUUUUCUUUUUCACACCGAAGACAUUGAACGUAACGCCAUGCAACAAAACCUUUUGACAAAAGAGCUUUGUCAAGAACCAAAAAAAGAGAUAAACAUUAUUACGAUUUAACAAAAAAAGUUCUAUCAUGUCAUAACAAGGGCACGUGCCGCAUUAGUCUACAUGAGAUACUAAUCUAAGGGAAAAUGAAAGCAAUGCCGUUUGCAAUGACUAAAGUCUCAGUAGUAUGAACGACAGGUGUCGAAAGGCGCAUUCCAACAUCCGUUUCACCUUCUGUUUAUAAUCCAAAGGCGUCCCUCCAAGUGCGAAGAAUUCACCGGUGUCAAUUUCGAAAAAUAAUCAUUUGACUAAAGCGUAUUAAUCCCGCUGCAGGAACACUAUUCCUUCAGCUCAUAUCGCGUGCGCUUGCUUUGACAAUGUGUCUGCCACUGCGCAGGGGAGCAAUGUGCAAUUAUCAAUUCCGUCCUCGUGGCCGGAGUUAAGUCAUUGGUGACCCCGUGGCGCGAGGAGAUUUAUGUGUGCAGUGGAACCGUUUGAAGCUAAUUGCAUUCUAUUAUCAUUUGUGCCUCAAAAACACUCCGCAGCUCGAUGUGCAUCGCGGACAGAGGAUGACGCACCCCCGUAGCCGUCCUCCGUCCUUCAUAUGUGUGCCUCUAUGUAUGGAUUAUCACUUUGUGUGUGUGUGCGCGUGUGUAUGAGUUUGUAAGUGCUUUACCAUUCCUCUUCGUAUACGUGCUCUGCGUGUGUGUGUGUGUGUGUGUGUGUGGUUGUACGCUUCAGCCUGUUUACCUGGAUGGAAUGCAGCAUCCGCCGACGCUGCCGUCGAUACAAACGAUCCUUGAAGUGCUGUAGUGAUGCUUUAGCAAACACCGCGCGCUAAAACGCACCGCAGCGCUCGAGGUCAGACAGCGUGUACGUGUGGUCCACUUGUCCUUGCGUGUGCGGAGGGUUUGCUCUGACAAAGUCUGAGCAACGUCCGAUCAAAUGUAUUCCGUAAGCACGUCCAGCAGUGCGUCAUCGCCAUGAGUUGUAUUCUCCGUAGCUUGAUGAGAAGCAUAAGGCGUACGUCAAAAUGACAAAGAUGACCCAGAUGGUCCCAUGAAGGAGGGUAAACGGAAUGGUUUCAUGGUCUUUGUUUUUUUCCUUCUGGCGCCAUGAUAAUGCAUCAAACACGAACAUAAAAAUAGCUCCAUUGCAUCUAUUCUAGAGUAUACUUCACCGGUGCCUACUUGGAUGACAUUGGGUUUAUUGGUAGCAUUACGUUCAUCACUGAUAGCUCAAGGAGCGUCAAAUUAAAUCGCACUCGGCUGAUGUGAAAAAGGGAGACUGCAAGAAGUCUGCAGCAUUUAUGAACAAUUCACAUGGGGCUAAGAUAUAGGUUUACGCCGGCUACAGUAACGGGUUUUACGAAGCAAAAAGGGCUUCGUAUGCCAAAGGCCUGUGGGACGCCUUGGCUCAGAUGAAGACGCCCUUAUUUGUGCUACACUGUUGAUUUCCAUUGUUUGUUACAGGGGUAUUUUGUGGCCAAAUUUAAAUGUUGACGAUUAACACUCAUUAGACUGACAGAGCCAGGCGGCAUCUGUAAACGUAUUAGAUAUGUCCAUAGUCUGUCGGCCAUCCCAUGAGUAAGUACUGCCAACGUACGUCUCAUUAAAAGAGUUUGGCUGGUUGAGCAGCAUCAGAACUGGACUUCAACGCCCUCAAGAGAGCUCGGAGAACAGGCUCCAAACAAUGGAUCCAGGAAAACACUCCGUAGGAAAGCAGGGAAAACAGAGAAAACUGCUUUCCCGCCGUGACUGUCGAUUUGCACAGGAUUGCUAUUAGCUGAGGGGAUAUUCUUACCGACCGCUUUAGAAGAGGUAAAAGACGUGCGCAUAAUCUUUAGAGGCAAAAGGACGCCCGGUCCAUAAAAAAACCUGUGAAAGGUAGGCCAGGGCUUAAAUCAGAAGGAUUCAGGGGUAAUAACUACAAUACCCCAGUGUCUGAAACCAAUCCUGUCUGAAUAGGGCUGACAACAACAAAAAAAGCUAAAAACGAAAUGGUAGCUAAUACCCAUUCUGAUAGGGGUGACUGGGUGUGCCUGAAUGUAGGCUCGGCCGCAUCCCAUUCAUUCUGAGCAGGCUCGCUGUGAAUCAAAAGCGACAUGGCUGCCUGCCGGUGUGCCUGCUCUUCCGGCAGCGAUUAAGUUCUCCGACCAAAAGUUCCGCAUCGGGAGUAAAGAGGCAAGCGCGCAUCCCGCUGGUCCCGGCUUUGAGAUGCAACGGCUGACUCAACCGGCGUAACACGCUCCAGCACUCCAACCUCAGACCCCCUGUUUCCUCCACUGUACUCCACGCGGCGGCGAUUGUUCCCCUUUUUAUGUUCUCUUCGUUUGCUUUCGUCUUUGCUUGUUCAUCGCGUGUAUUGCCGUUUUCCUGGGGCCGGUUUUGAGUCUAGAAUCCCGAGGCUGAGGGAGCAGGAGCAGGAGAAAGGCUGAAAGUGUGUUUUUUUCAUUUGUGGGCCAUGCAGGACAAUCUCAUAUCUGUGAGGGUGUUCUGGAGUGGGCCCAGGGGAAGCAGAAGGCCUGGGGGUAUACUAUAAAACGGUAUCCAUAUAGAUACGAGGUCGGAAUUGCGGAAGUGUCCUUGAAGCAAGUCGAGGAGGGACAGGCAAACAAAGAGCACUCCAAACGCUGUAGUUUGUGAAAGGGUUGAAAGUGCUUGCAGGCGCUCAGCGUACAGCCACCGUAAGACGGAGGAUGUUGGUCGUUGCAGGACGUCACCCGUUGACAUUUUUUGUUGUUGUCUUUCGGCUGUUCCAAUUGGGGAAUAAAGUCCCCAAGUGAGUGGAAAAAACAAAGCUACGGUUCGCUGUAGCAUGCAUUUUAUAUGACUUAUAUACAUCUUUUAUACAUUUCUACUCGGCCUGUGAUUGUGCAAUCAUGCAGUAGCCGUGCUCUACUUUGUGUGUGUGUGUGUGUGUGUGUGUGUGUGCGCUGUUUUCACGAGGACGGAGGCUGUAACAGAUAUGUUGAUUUAAACCAAACCAGGGUGUGAACCUUUCAAAAUCUCUCUCUCUAUAACAAUUCGACGGAAUGAAAAGGUCAAACGCUUAGGCUGCUUGCAAAAUGUAUUUAUACCCUGUCCUGUUUAACACCCCUGUGUCUUUUUCACCCGUGACAGUAAAACGGCGAGCCCUGGAUUGUAAUCCCCCUGUUUAGCUAUAUGCCGUGUAGCUAUGCCCUAUGUAUGCUAAUAUUCGAAAAAGAAGCAACGCUCGUGUGCGUAAAGCACUGAAAAUGACACCAGAAGGGAUUUGUAUUAUCGCAGGAAUAUUUAUAUCUUAACUCCCCUGUCUGCUAGGAAGAUAAAGACGGACAUUUUGAGGUCAGCGAAACCAACCCAAAUUGUGAUGAGAGGAGCCGUGGUGUCACACCAGCAUUAGGAAACCCAAACUAGAUGGUUUUCAUCCGGGAGAUAAAUAGAUUUCGCCUCGGAUUGUAUCACGCUGUUCAGAGACAUGGGGGUUGUGGACUUUUUUUUUUUUCAUUAUCUUCUUUUUUUUCUUUCUUAUUCUCCAAAUUCUCCAAGUAGCAUUUCACUCAUUUUCUUCACGAAAAGUAUUUUGCUCAUCCAUCCCAUGCUCUACUACAACACUGGCAUUUGUACUCACGGACAAAAAAAUGGGUGAAAGAACGAUGUUACUUUUGUACCUUUGUUUUGUAACGCACUUUCCUUUGCUGUUCAGGCUUCAGGUGCCCCUGUGAGGCAUGUUCGUAUCCUGGAUGCCGGGGUCACGUUGCCGGGUGGGCCAGCAGUUUGGAAUGUAUUUAUGACACUGAUGUUGGUGUACGCACACUGAUGUUUGUUUUGCCCCUGUCACUAACACUCCGUUCACUUCAUCAAAACGACAACAAAAGACAAACAAAAAUAACAUUCUGCAUGGGUCCCCGUACGGGCUGUGCUCAAAGCAUGGAACAAAUACACUAUGUUAAGAAAUAUCCUAUUGUUGUGUUCCGUUGUGUGCUGUUGACUGUAAGCGUAGAUACAAAACAUUUUCUUGUGAGUUCCACCCCCCUAUCUAAGUCCCGAACAUGUCUCCAAUGUAAUUUGUAUAUUUGUUUUCUGACUUUUGUUGAUGUCGUCUACGUGGGUGGAUUAAAGUAAAAUUCAACUCCCACCUGAAUUAAACACAUCACCACUGCACAUGUGUGUUGAACACGGUAAACAAAAACCGUUGGCAUUCUGAAUCUAUUCCCCACUGCUCAACGUUCCAAAUAAACUGUUUCUCCAACAGGCA